UGAUACGGGUACGGCAGAGUUUAUUAAGUAUGAAGGGUAUGACGUAGCAUUCUCAUCAAUUCGAACAUAGUUUUUUGCUGGCAACGAAAUGCUGCCUCACCAUCGCGGCGGUCGCGGCAAAAGCGGCUUAGGUGGAGGAAUCCCUCGGUCCACGUGGAUCAAGUAUGGCGCCAUUGGCAUCUUUUCUCUUCUAUGCAUCAAGUUUCUCUUCUUUGUUGACCCAUUGUCGGUCGAAGACCUGCUGCCGUUCCAAAACAAGACCAUGUACCAAUUCACCACGAAAUUCGGUACCCCUCGCGUCCCUUUCGUCGCAUGAGACUCGUCAUAGGGCAAUUCACUGUGGAGUUGUUCCCCAAGCACGCCCCAUUGACUGUGGAGCACUUUGAACAGUUGAUCUCGUCGGGGUAUUACAAGGAGAACGCUGGCAUCUACCGCGCCGAGCCGGGCUUUGUUGUCCAAGGCGGCGGGUUCGUCCACGACAAGCUGUCGCCUCUCGGAAACGUCCAGGUUGAAUACAGUUUGCCGAGCGAGGAGCGGAUGGUGGUGUUGGCGCGCAACAAGGACCCGCUGUCCGGCAACACGGAGUUCUCGAUCAUGCUUGCGGACAACUCUGCGAUCAACGCGCCGCAAGGGACGUCUCCUGGCUAUACCGCGUUUGGCCGGGUGUACUCUGGGUAUCCCACGGUCGUCGCCAUCGCCAACGACAUGGCCGAGGGGUACCUCGCCAAGAAAAACAAAGAUCAGGUUGUGACGUUCAACUCGAUCGACACGGUGUCGCAGUUGGCGCCCACGACCGCCGACCUCCGCGCCGUCUCGGACGCCAUCCACGACGCCGCCGCCACCCGUUUCAGCGUCGUUAUGUUCAGCAAGACAUCGUGUCCGUACUGCAAGGAAGCCAAGCGCACGUUAAAGGACAUCGGGGCUGAAGUGCAUGUGGUGGAGCUAGACUUGUUGCCGCCGGGCACAGCGUCGCAGUUUCAAGACACGCUGGACGCGUACACUGGUCGCCGGACGGUGCCCAACAUUCUGCUUAAUGGCAAGUCCAUUGGCGGCGGGGACGAAGUAGAAGCGCUGCAUGACGCGGGGAAGCUCGUGCCGCUGGUGCAGGCGACGGGCGCGAUGGUCAAGCAAAAAGUCAUCUUGGAGUCGAUUCGAAACCACCCCGUGGUCGUGUUCACCAAGUCGUACGAUCCGUACUCGAAGGAAGUGCUGGCCGUACUCGGCAUUGUCGGCGCUUCCCCCGUCGUGAUUGAGCUCGACACGCACCCGAACGGCGACGCCAUCUUGUUCUACUUGAUCCAGAUCACGGGCAGGAAGACCACGCCCAAUGUAUUUGUGGGCGGCAAGACCAUCGGCGGCAGCGACGACACCAAGCAGUUGCACGCGACGGGCGAACUCACGCUGCUCCUGCAGAGAGCGGGGGCCUUGUAAAGUUGAGAUGCGAACACAUACUUACAUAUAUGUGAUACAUAUAAACUGUACACUUGGUAUACG